GUAUUAAUCCAUUACAAGACUGAAGAAGACUAGCUAUGAACAAAGAUGUUAACAAAGUUUGGUACAAUGUAAGCUUGAGACUUGCAAAUAUUUAAUUAAUUUGCAAGUCUUCUUUGAAAGGGAAAGGGAGCUUUCUUUGAAAGUCGAGCUCUGUGACACCUUUAUAAGGAAACGCUUAAAGAUAUCAAAGAAAUCUUCCACCAAAAAUGUAGAAGCCAAGCAACAACAGCUUUUUAUUAUAUUUUGGAUAGCCCCUGUUAGAAGCAACAGUGAUGGAAGGCAUGACUCAUAUACAGCCUUUUUAGCAAUCUGCCACAUAUCAUUCCAAUUGCUUCGCCCUUCCUAUUACGUCCCGGGAAGAGAAGGAACUUAUUCCUUAACAGCAGGGUCAGGGGUAUGAUUUCCUUAAACUGUUCUCUUUACCACCAUCACCCCUUUCCUCCUGACUUUCCGAAGCCAUGGAAGAUUGUGGCAUGGUUGCUGCAGAUUGUGUGGUCAUUUCAUGUUGCUGUCAAUGCUUGAUCCUGCAAAUCACCAUCUUCAUCUUGUUCAAGCUUCCUUGCAAGCUGAUCAAAAAGACAAGAGACUACACCAUGAAGAAGCUUCAGCAAAGAAAGAGGAAAGAGAUUGUAGUGGAAAGUCAAGGAGAAAUAGUACUAGAUCCAUUCAAGGAUGACUUUGUAAGUAUUCUUGGAGAGUCCAUAAGGUCCAUAGAGGCAGGCCAUAGUUGCAGAUGUUGCAUGGAGGAGGUGGACAAGGUGCUGCAGGAGUUAUCUCAGAGAGGAGAGUUUGGAUUUGGAAGCUUUUGGGGUAGAAGAGAAAUGGGUUGUUCCCCAAUUCAUCAUUCAGCAGAAGAUGAUCAAUUUGACAGUAGAUUUGUGCAGUUUCAAUUGAUUGAAAUGGUUGGCUCUGUCAGUCAUUGAUCAUAAGUUAACCUAGCUAGCUAGCUGUUGAAAUGGGUUGUUUAGAUCUUUGUCAAAUAGCCAUGGAUGGAUCAACUUGUUGUGGCUUAUUCAUUUAGUUAUGGUUACAGUUUCUGCAAUUCAUCAAACAGCCAUGGAUGGAUGGAUAUGAAACAUAUUCAAGAAGGUGCAGGUUGUCAAUUUCAGUACGUAAGUCCAAUCCUUUUAUUAUAGAAUAUCUCACAUAUAGAAUAUCUUGACAGAAGCAUGUCUAGUAAAUGUCAAAUAAUUCUUUUGUCCAUUUACUUUGAAAUGUCACGCCUACGAGACCACACCAUUGUCAACUUUCUUAUGAUUGGAACGUGGCGUAUUUUAAGAAAAA